AUGUAUGAUUACUUUGUUACAGUUGGGGAUUAUUUGCUGGCUAAAGCGGACCGUUUUAAACUUAGUCAGAAUUGUAUAGCUUUGAUAUGUAAUUCUUUUGCUGAUUACAAAUUUCAACAUCAAUCUCUAUUCGCACUGAUAUCAAAAUUUGUGAAUAUAGAUAAAAAGCCGGGCGCGAUUGAUUUUUAUCACAUAACGAUGGCGCUUAGGAAAUUUGGCAUAUAUUCAUCCACUGCCAUCAGAUGGAUAAUUGAUACUUGUACCACAGACUACUUGAAUUCGUUGAGCCCACAAGGGCUGAUUAAUGUACUGUGUUAUUUAAUGGCUUAUAAUUUUUACCGACUGCCCAUGGGUUUCACCCUCACUCAUUACCUGGCCAUUACGGUUGGCCAAUUACUCCCAGAUACUAGGGAUCCUGAGCUAAUUAGUCAGUACAAAAUCUCUUCAUUAAUAUACCACACGAUCACGCCGCAGUUGUUGGACUGCUGGCUCCAAAAUGAAGUGGGCGAUCGUGUGUCGGCCGAAUGGAUUCGACGCAAAGCAUCUGCCCUUUUGUACAAGAGCUUAUUAAUUAAUUCAAUUUCUGGCAGUCAUGUAAAUCAUUCAGCCGAUCAUGUGGAGCGCCCAGAUCGCUCGGGACAGGCUUACUGUGCAAAACAUCCAGUCAGUUAUAUGGGCCCCUCAAAUUUUGCUGUCGAUGUGGCAAAUGUAUUAGAAAACAUCGGGCAUACAGUGAUGCUUGAGCAUAAUCAAGACCCCUAUUUUAUUGAUAUACUAAUAACACAGCAAUAG